ACAAACAGUCGUCUCUUGAACUUGUUUUCUACUAGUACGAAAUUGGGUUGUCUUUUGUUAUUUGUACACAAGUGUGUGGAUUCUUGUGUUGAAUCAUUUUAAAGAGUUUGGCUAAACUUUAGCUCUUGGAGUAGAAGUUUACUAACUGUCAGAUCUAUAUGACAUGGUCUCUGAUGAAACGAAAAGUUGAUCUGUCUGUUAUCAUCGGAUAUUCUACAUCUUUAUCUUUAUCAUAUAUACAUACAACAAAGAAGAACAAAGAAGAAAGAUAAAGGAGAAAAAAGAAAAGGUGUAGUAGUUUUUAUUUUGAUAAGUAGCUAGCUAGUGAAAUAUAUAUUAUGGAGAGUAGAGAUAUGAAAAGCAUCUUUUUGGAUGACAACAUGUCAAAUUUAACAUCUGCAUCAAAUGAAGCAAUAAGCCUAUCUUCAUCUAGCAACAGGAAUGAAAUUGGUACUAUGUACCCUCCACCUCAUCAGAUGCACCAGUCCUCCUUUGGUUCUGUGCCACUCAAUACAAACAACAACACCAACAGCCAAACUCAAUCAAACAAGAAAAAGAGGAAUCUUCCUGGCAAUCCAGAUCCAGAAGCUGAGGUGAUAGCUUUGUCACCAAAAUCACUCAUGGCAACAAAUAGAUUCUUGUGUGAGAUUUGCAACAAAGGGUUUCAAAGAGACCAAAAUCUUCAAUUACAUAGAAGAGGACAUAAUUUGCCAUGGAAACUUAAGCAAAAGUCGAAAACAGAAGUGGUUAGAAGGAAAGUUUAUGUUUGCCCCGAGCCGAGUUGUGUGCACCAUGAGCCAUCAAGAGCACUUGGAGACCUUACCGGUAUCAAGAAGCACUUCUCGCGAAAACACGGCGAGAAGAAAUGGAAAUGCGAGAAAUGCUCUAAGCGUUACGCGGUUCAAUCUGAUUGGAAAGCUCAUUCCAAGAUUUGUGGCACAAGAGAAUAUCGAUGCGAUUGCGGUACCCUUUUCUCAAGGAGGGACAGCUUCAUCACUCAUAGAGCCUUUUGUGAUGCAUUAGCAGAAGAAACCGCCGGAAGAUCAUCGUCGUCGUCGUUAAACCACAUCCUUCCGCUUCAAAUACCGAUCAACUAUCCACUCAAAACCGAACCACAACAUCUUCUCCAACACCCACAACUUAGCUUCAAUAUCGGCUCGAGUAGCCCCCCACAACAUCAUCAUCAAAUACCAUCAUGGCUAAACCAUCAACAACAACAACAACAAAACCCUAACCCUAAUAAUAAUCUCCAUCUUCUUCCAUCACCUAAUAAUAAUAAUUCAUCACACAUGUCUGCCACUGCAUUGCUCCAAAAAGCAGCUCAAAUGGGAGUAACCAUGAGCAAUAAUAAUAAUAAUAAUAAUAAUAGCAAUCAACAAUCUUCAAUGAUUUUAAAUAAUCAUGGGUCCCAAGUGCAAGGCCUAAUUCAGCAUCAGCAGCAGCAAGAUCACAUGUGUGCACCUUCACUAUCAUCUCUUCACCAUCACCAUUCAGCCAAUUUGUCUACAAGUGAUCAUCAUAACAAUAAUCAUCAUCAUGUGAUGUUAGAUACAACAACAACAACAACAAGCAGCAGUACUAAUUGUAUGGACCAUCUGCUUCUUAAUCAUCAUCAUCAGCCAAAUUCUUUGACAUCUACAAGUGUAGGGUCAUCAGCAACAAAUAGCAACAACAUCAAUCAAAUCUUCAAUGGAAUGCUAAGUAGCAGCUUAUCUACUACAAAGAAGUUAGAUCAUCACAUGAAUAAUGGCUACCAACAACCACAACUCUUUCCACAACCUUCCAACGACACUACUACGGUAUUGAGUAACGCUAGAAAAGACGGCGGUCAAGGAGUGGCGGGCGCAAACGACGAGUUGACUAGAGAUUUUUUGGGACUUAGAGGAUUUCCAAAUCCUAAUGAUCAUCACCAUUUUAUCAACAUGGCUGCUGCUAGUCUUGAUCAUAUGAGUCAAAUAAAUCCAAACCAUAAUCAAAAUCAAAUACCAUGGCAAGGUUAAUUAUUAGCUAUAAUAUAUAUAUAUAUAUAGCUAGUUAAUUUGGACCCAUAUAUAUAUAUUAUAUGGUGUACUUUUUUAAUUAGUUUUUUUUUUUUGACAUUAUUUGCUUUUAGUGAUACUUGAUGAGCUCAGUUUUUUCUUUUUAUUUCUUUCAAUAUAUAUUGUUGGUUUUGGAUCUUAGAUUAUUAUUCGUGAAAGCUAUGAAUGCUUCGAUGAAUUUUAGCA